CGUCUAUAUAUGCAUCGAUGGGCAUGUGAUGGGUUAUCUCUCGGACAGCGAGAUGUCGGUACGAGGUGGUAACACUGGUUUCUCUUCGGAAAAAAUGGUCAAGUGCUGUUCUCCUAGCAAGGCAGAAGGACCAGAGGCAGCCCUAAAGGGUGAAGAAAAAAAACCAAAGGCUGCCGAAGGACCAGAGGCAGAUCCAAAGGCUGCUGGUUACUAUUGGUUUAAACUCAAGCUUGGAGAACCUCUUACAUCUGAAGAGGAGGCAAAGGCUGCUGAUUACAGUUUGGAGGACCUCCUCGAUGAAGGUCUCAAAUUUUGUACAAUUUGUGGUCAGGAGGACCACUGGGUUUACUGUUGUGAGAAAUACUAUGAGGAAUAUAAAUGUCCAUACGGGACUAACUUCAUUCCGCCAGGCAUUAACCAACAUCACAAGAUGCCGUCUGAUGUCUGGACUGACUCAGAUCAAGAGUAUUUGGAUCUUUUGUGCAUCGACGAUUAUGUCCCAGAGGGCUUUGAGUACCUGCAUACAGUCAGUGAAAUAAAAAACAUACAUAGAAUUUUGAUUCAGCAGCACAACGAGAUCAAGGAUUACGUUAGCUCCGGAAUCGAUCGAGCCCGAUUGUGCGGUAAGAAAGACCAAUGGUGAGUUUGACGAUGAAGCAUGCAAUGAAGGACGAGGACAAGGAUGUGGAUUGAAGAUGGAAUGGAUUGCUGCUGUAUGAUGGAUGUUUUGUUUGUUUUUUUAUUGGUAUGACGUAGAUGAUUUGGUUUUUGUUAACGUUGUGAUAGCGUUGUAAUAUGUUGUCCUCUUUUUAGUACUUAACUAGAAAAAUGAUGCGCGGGGUAAAGAGUUGUAGUAUUUAUCGUUUAUUUAAUUAAGAAUUUUGUAGUUUGAGUG